AUGAGUCUCGCAGAGCAUCCCAUCCUCCAAAGCCUUUACAACCAGCUUCUUGCUCUCCUUACUGGCCCCGGCGACCGCCACUGCACGGCUGUCUGUCUUCGCGAGCAGAACAAACACUUUCGUGUCUACCCCGAUCUCAAUGGAUCCUCCUUCAGAACUGCUGUCAGUGCACUGAACACUCAUGUUGCCAUCAAGGCACGCACCUCCGCCAUCCAGGCUGUUCUGGCGAACGCCCCCUUCCCCGCAGACAGCAUUCGUGUCGAUAAAUCAACAUACGUCCCGAUCGUCGACGCGUUCACCCAUCUCUCCGACGCGGACAUCUCACAAUACGCGGCUUUUGUGCGCGACGAAGCAGUCCUUGUCGUCUGGUCAGACUCCCCAGACUCCAUUCUCAGCUCGUAUCGCGACCUUGAACAUCGUCUUCAGCAUCAAGCGAAGCUGUGUCACUGCAGUGAGGUCCCGAGUGUUCUCCAAGACCCCUUCCUCAGCGGCAACUUCUUCGGAGCUGUGGACAGCUGCCUCUUCAUCAACGAGCCAGACGAGCUGGCCGUAGAUCCCUUGACCAUAAACCCCCUGGACUCCCUGGAUAGCGUGUAUAAAAGCAUCACUUGGAGUGCCACAGGCUUGACGCCACUACCUGAGCUGGACGGACUGCAGAACAUCCGUCGCGGCCAGUCGCAAGUCUUUAUCGCCACACCGGACAACUUCGAUAACUUUGGAAUUCAAUCCCACUCGCAGAAUGUCGGACUUACUGAGCUACUACAGGCACGUAGUUUGUGUCGAAUGGACUCUUCAUUCAACUUCCCCGCGUUCAAUGAGCCCUUCGAGGACAGCCCUGCUUCGACCCUAUACAUUUCGCCAAACGAUGGGGGGAGGCUUUCAGACUGCUCACUCCAAGCUAUCUCUCCUGCCGCGAUGCUAUCCCCUUCACCCUCGCCCUCGUACGUGUCGAGCAUCUCGCCUGCAAUGAGCUACCUCUCUCCCAAUUACGCAAUCUCCCCCGCGCUCACUGUAUCUUCUCCGUCGUCCCUAUACUCCCUCUCAGCGACGACGUCACCUGGAUUGAACACGUUCCAGAGUUUCGAGAACGAUGACGCCAAAGUCAGUGACGACUCUAUGUCUGAUUAUACCGAGCUUCCUCCUACGGAGGUGGCCUCAAGGAGACGACAGCAGCCACCCUCUUAUCUGGAGGAUCUCCAGUUUAUGGCGGUAUCGCCUGAGUCUCCUCAAGUCAUGGAGGGACUUCCCACGCUCAUUGUCGAGCCCAGCCGAAAGCGCGGCCGCCCCAAGACAUCCGCUCCCCCAGUCGCCUCCUCGUCUCUUCGGGAGCUGAAGCCGGCCAUCAACCCACUGCCCCGAUCGCGGCGAAAGACAACGCAUCCUCCUGAUCUCCAUCCCCUCCCAGGCCGCCCUAUUGCGACACGAGGGGCAUUAUUCCUGACUGCGACCUGGUCGCCGGCCCAGUCCAGCGCGUCGUCACCCGAGAUGAGCGCUCGCACGGUGGGAUACAAGUCAAAACGAUCUGAGCGCGACGAGGAAGAAGACAGUGGAGUCAAGGCUGAUGAUGAGUGCGAUGGGCUGGGUGAGCCUGAUGAGGAGCAGGAGCAGGACGAUGGUGACGAUGACUACCGGCCAGAGAAAGAAGUGUCUGCCCCAUCGCCGGCGAAACGCCGAAAGUCCUCGCCCCCACCCGAGGAAGAUGACCCGCAGGAGGUAUCUAAAGCGAAGGGCAAAACGAAGGGCAAAGCAAGGGGAAGGGGGGGCAAGCGAAGGAGAUCUUCGAAAGAGAAGAAGGCCCAUUGUCCGAACUGUGGGGAGCCCUUCACUCGCAACACCGACGUGAAGCGGCAUCUUACCUCCGCUAAGUGCAACGGACGGCCCCCGCCUGACGCGAGGAUGGCUCAAUGCCCACACUGCCCUAGCGCAUUCCUGCGCCCUGAUGCCCUGGUCCGGCAUAAACAAACAGUGCACAUUGAUCUAUAUCUGGACCAUUAA